AUGGCGUUUUACGUGAACAGGAGUCGGCUACUGGAGCUGAAGCAGGAACUCAUGAGACUCGAAUGCAACGAGGUCAUAAACCUGGCGGACAUGCUUUCCGCAAUGAAACUGCAGCCAAAUGCCGUGGAAUUGCGGAUACCACCAUUUUUUGUUCGACACAGAAAAGUUAUGUUGGACGAGCGCCGGCAGCAAUUUACUGAAAUUUACAAAAAGCUCGGCUACAUUGAGGAGGAGGCAACUGUCUUCUGCGAUAAGAGCACUAAGUUUGUAGCCUCUCUCGGUCCGUUCCUUCUGAUUCUCGGGUUGACUACUUUGCUUACGCUGCUUGGGCGGCUGGGAUGGGACACCGUGGGGCUCGGACCGACGGCCAGACCCCGGACUCGGUUGCGUCAAAAAUCCAAGCCUGGUGGCGAGGACACGUCGUCAGAAAGAAGGCGGGGCGUCGAGGCACCGGAAGAACCCGGCGACGAAGGCAGCAACUUCGAGGACGGGAAGAGGAUCACGGCACCCGGGUCACAGCAGGCAAAUAAGCUCGUCGACCCUGGCAAGAGUUCCGGAACCGACCCCAGCAAGAGCAGAGCGUCCCAAGAGUCUGAAGCUCGUUGGAGGCAGAUCAAAGAGGAACGGUAUCGUUUGCAACUUCAGCACGAGUCCAACUACAGAGUCGCUCUGGUCGAGCUCAUGUCGGAGCUGAGGGAAACUGAAGGUCCCCUGAUGUCCGAGGCGUUCCAGAAGGAAAUCAAGGAAUGGUUUCUUGAAAUGAAAGAAAAGGAAGGCCGGCUGCCGGACUUGCCGACGGAAGAGGAAGGCGGAUCAAUAUCGGGUAGUGCCCAAUAA